AUGAUGGCGGCGGCCGUGGCUGCGGGGGGGGCUCCUGAGGUGAUCGCCCAGCUGGAGAACGCGGCCAAAGUGCUCAUGGCACCACCUUCCAUGGUCAAUAGUGAACAACGCCAGCAUGCUGAGCACAUAUUCUUAUCAUUUAGAAAAUCAAAAUCACCAUUUGCUGUUUGCAAGCAUAUUUUGGAAACUAGUAAAGUGGACUAUGUCCUUUUUCAAGCUGCCACAGCAAUAAUGGAAGCAGUUGUGCGAGAAUGGAUUCUCUUGGAAAAAAGUAGCAUUGAGUCACUGAGAACAUUCCUUUUAACCUAUAUCUUACAAAGGCCUAACCUUCAAAAGUAUGUUCGAGAGCAGAUUCUAUUAGCAGUAGCAGUAAUAGUGAAACGAGGAUCAUUAGACAAAUCGAUUGACUGCAAGAGCAUUUUCCAUGAAGUCAGCCAGUUGAUAAGCAGUGGUAACCCUACUGUGCAAACUUUGGCCUGUUCCAUUUUAACUGCUUUGUUGAUCGAGUUCUCAAGUUCAAGUAAAACCAGCAACAUUGGACUAAGCAUGGAGUUCCAUGGUAACUGCAAACGAAUAUUUCAGGAGGAUGACCUUCGGCAGAUCUUCAUGCUAACUGUAGAGGUACUACAGGAAUUCAGCAGACGUGAAAACCUCAGUGCUCAGAUGUCUUCAGUGUUUCAGCGUUAUCUUGCACUAGCCAAUCAGGUCUUAAGCUGGAACUUUCUUCCUCCAAAUUUGGGCAGACAUUAUAUAGCUAUGUUUGAAUCCUCACAAAAUGUGAUGCUAAAGCCAACAGAGUUGUGGCGUGAAACCCUUCUGGACAGCAGAGUUAUGGAGCUUUUCUUUACAGUACAUCGAAAAGUCAGAGAGGAUACAGAUAUGGCACAAGACUCUCUACAGUGCCUAGCACAGCUAGCUUCUCUGCAUGGGCCAGUCUUCCCUGAUGAAGGUUCACAAGUUGAUUAUCUGGCACAUUUCAUUGAGGGAUUACUGAAUACUAUCAAUGGAAUUGAAAUAGAGGACUCUGAAGCAGUGGGAAUCUCCAGUGUUUUCAGCAACCUGAUAACUGUGUUUCCUCGCAAUGUUUUAACUGCCAUUCCAAAUGAACUCUUUUCUUCAUUUGUUAACUGCCUCACACACCUCACCUGUUCUUUUGGAAGAAGUGCUGCACUAGAAGAAGUGCUAGACAAAGAUGACAUGGUAUACAUGGAGGCAUACGAUAAAUUGCUGGAAUCCUGGCUUACCUUGGUACAAGAUGACAAACAUUUCCACAAAGGUUUCUUUACCCAACAUGCUGUUCAGGUUUUUAAUUCUUAUAUUCAGUGCCACCUAGCUGCUCCUGAUGGUACAAGGAACUUGACUGCCAAUGGUGUAGCCUCUCGGGAGGAAGAAGAAAUAAGUGAACUGCAGGAAGAUGACAGAGAUCAGUUCUCUGACCAACUGGCCAGUGUAGGCAUGCUAGGAAGAAUUACUGCAGAACACUGUAUACCUCUUCUUACAAGUUUAUUAGAAGACAGAGUGACAAGGCUCCAUGGUCAGUUACAAAGACAUCAGCAGCAGUUACUUGCCUCACCAGGAUCCGGGUCAAUUGAUAAUAAAGUGCUUGAUGAUCUGUAUGAGGAUAUUCAUUGGCUUAUUUUAGUCACAGGCUACCUCUUAGCUAAUGAUACUCAGGGAGAGACUCCACUAAUACCUCCAGAAGUAAUGGAAUAUUCCAUUAAGCAUUCAACUGAGGUUGACAUCAAUACAACACUUCAGAUUCUGGGAUCUCCAGGUGAAAAGGCUGCUUCUAUACCAGGGUACAACAGAACUGAUUCAGUAAUUAGGUUAUUAUCUGCUAUUCUAAGAGUUUCAGAAGUAGAAUCACGAGCAAUAAGGGCGGAUCUCACACACCUGCUGAGUCCACAAAUGGGAAAAGAUAUUGUAUGGUUUCUUAAGCGUUGGGCAAAGACCUAUCUCCUAGUGGAUGAAAAACUGUAUGACCAGAUAAGUCUGCCAUUUAAUACUGCAUUUGGUGCAGACACAGAGGGUUCCCAAUGGAUUGUGGGUUACCUUUUAGAAAAAGUAAUCAGUAACCUGGCAGUAUGGAGUUCUGAGCAGGACCUUGCAAAUGACACUGUACAGUUGCUAGUAACAUUAGUGGAAAGGAGAGAGAGGGCAAAUUUAGUAAUUCAGUGUGAGAAUUGGUGGAAUUUAGCUAAGCAGUUUGCAAGGAGAAGCCCACCUCUUCACCUUUUGUCCAGCUCUGUGCAGAGAACACUAAUGAAAGCUCUAGUUUUAGGAGGUUUUGGUCAUAUGGACACUGAUACAAAACAGCAAUACUGGACAGAGGUUCUACAGCCACUUCAACAGCGAUUCUUGAAUGUGAUAAACCAAGAAAACUUUCAACAGAUUUGUCAAGAGGAGGAGGUGAAACAGGAAAUCACUGCCACACUAGAAGCACUUUGUGGCAUUGCUGAGGCGACCCAGAUAGAUAAUGUAGCAAUCCUCUUUAACUUUCUAAUGGACUUCCUUACCAAUUGCAUUGGAUUAAUGGAGGUGUACAAAAACACACCAGAGACUGUUAACCUCAUAAUAGAAGUUUUUGUUGAAGUUGCACAUAAACAAAUAUGCUAUCUUGGAGAGUCCAAAGCCAUGAAUUUGUAUGAAGCCUGCCUGACUCUUCUUCAAGUAUAUUCCAAGAAUAAUUUAGGUCGGCAGCGAAUAGACGUUACAGCGGAAGAAGACCAAUACCAGGAUCUUCUUCUUAUUAUGGAGCUUCUAACUAACCUUCUGUCAAAAGAAUUUAUAGAUUUCAGUGAUACAGAUGAAGUAUUUAGAGGGCAUGAGCCAGGACAAGCUGCAAAUAGAUCUGUGUCAGCAGCAGAUGUUGUCUUAUAUGGAGUUAAUCUAGUUCUGCCAUUAAUGUCACAGGAUUUGCUGAAAUUUCCAUCUCUGUGUAAUCAGUACUACAAAUUAAUCACCUUCAUCUGUGAGAUAUUCCCUGAAAAAAUUCCUCAGCUUCCGGAAGACCUUUUUAAGAGGCUAAUGUACUCAUUGGAGUUAGGGAUGUCAUCAAUGAGUUCUGAGGUAUGCCAGCUUUGUCUGGAAGCUUUAACACCAUUAGCAGAACAAUGUGCAAAAGCACAGGAAACAGACUCAUCACUAUUUCUAGCAACAAGGCACUUUCUUAAGAUGGUCUUUGAUAUGCUGGUACUACAAAAGCACAAUACAGAGAUGACAACUGCAGCAGGUGAAGCAUUCUACACAUUAGUGUGUUUGCAUCAGGCAGAAUAUUCAGAACUAGUUGAAACAUUGCUAUCAAGUCAACAAGAUCCAGUCAUUUACCAGCGGUUAGCAGAUGCAUUUAACAAACUUACUGCAAGCAGCACUCCUCCUUCACUGGACCGUAAGCAGAAGAUGGCCUUCCUAAAGAGUUUAGAAGAAUUUAUGGCAAAUGUUGGUGGACUCCUCUGUGUAAAAUAAACAACAACAAAACUGUAUUCCUAAUUUAGACCCUUUCUGCAAAGUGCACUGAGAAAUGCUGAAAACUGACUAAACCUUGUAUCUGUUUCUGGGUUCUUUGGAGCCAUCUCGGAUUUCAGAGAGCCUGGAAGUUUGAUAUAACACAGUUAAACAGGAGAGGUCAACUUUGAAUCAGCUUCUGCUAUUAUGUGUUAAUCACAAUCUGUCAUACAUGUAUGUUGUAGCGAAUGAACAACAAAUUGAAAUUUAAAAAGAAUAUUCCAUAUAUGUGCAAACAGAUAUGGGCACAGUGACAAAUAGUGCCUUUUCCCCUUUAGCUUAUAACGUAAGUGGCUGGACAAACUUCUACAGAUUUUUUUUUCUGAAAACUGUAUUAGAGUAUGAUGUAGACGCAUACGAAACAGUAAACUGUGUAGCCGAUUGAAGCUUUA